CAGCCUACACCACCCGCUGUCCUGAUGGCGACGGACCCCGCGCCGGUGCCGGCGAUGCGCUGCUACUCGCUGCCGCCAGUCCGCCUCCCCGCGGAGGACAUUCUCUUCUGCGUCGACGUUGACCUCGAGGCCCGCGCCGAGAUGAAGUCCGCCGCCGCCGCCGCAGCGUCCUCGGGCUCCACCUCCACCGCUUCGCCGCAGCCGACGCAGCCCGCGGGGGCCGGGGGUGCCCCGGCGGCGGGGCCCCGGACCGUGGUCAGGCGGAUGGACGCGGUCAGGCAGGCGCUGCUGCUGUUCGUCCACAGCAAGCUCACCAUGUGCCCAGAGCACCGCUUCGCCUUCGCCUCCCUCGGCGAGACGUUCUCCAUGGUGAAGAAGGGCUUCAGCAGUGAUGCUGGUUUCGCAAUGGAGGCAAUCCAUUCCUUGUCUGCUUCAGAAACAAGAUAUGCUAUGGCUGAUCUGACCCAGCUCUUUAUGACAGCUUGCCAGGAAGGGAAAAGAGCAGAAUCGCAAGGCCGGAUUCUCCGGGUGGUGCUCAUAUACUGCCGUUCCUCUACAAAGCCACAGCAUCAGUGGCCCGUGAAGCCAAAGAAUUUCACCCUCGACAUAAUCUAUCUCCACGACAAGCCAAAUCCUGACAACUGCCCACAGAAGGUAUAUGAUGCCUUGGUCGAUGUUCUUGAGCAUGUCAGCCAGUAUGAGGGGUACAUUCUCGAGACUGGUCAAGGGCUUGCUCGCGUGCUCUUUCGUCAGAUGUGCAUUCUUGUAUCCCAUCCUUUGCAACGUUGCAUGCAAGAUGACCUUGAUAUUCCCAAACAAGUCGCUAAGAAAAUCGUGGCAGCCGAACCUGCACAGAAUGAAGAUGCCGCUCCAGUCUCCAGCCAACAGUAGGGUCUUCUAGUUGAACGGUAUGCAAACAUGAAGUUACUCGCAAGCGGUUGGCAUUACCGUUCUACUAGAUCAGAAUGCCUGUUCUGUGUGAUGGAGAUUCCAUCCCAGAAUUUGUGUACUAUGCUUUAACUGUCCAAGGAGUCAUCCUCUUGCCCCCGUCCCUUGUUUGCUUGGGUAUUCAGCAUGUAGUUGCACAUGAUACAAAUAACUCAAAUCUUUGGCACUUGAAUUUCAUUUGUUUGCGAACUUUAAGUUGUGCUGCAGGUCGUAUCAUGUUCAGCUCAUCUGAGAGAACUCUGCUGAAUUUUGUGUUGUGCUAGGGGAACCUUCUCUGCCGUGUAACCAUUAAGCCAGAGUUAUCUUACAUCAUGAGGCCCCUGUGAUUUUCCU